AUGGUGAUCGUUUGAAGUGCGAAGAUGGCGUUUUUUGCUUCAAACUUCGAGCUCCGCUCCUGCUUGCUGGGAGUUUUUGGGGAGGGCCACAUUCGCAAACCAGCUUCCUCCGUGUGUGUACGUGUGCCUGUGUAUGUGUGUUUCGAUGGUGUGUUGUUGAAUCGGUGCCCAGCAGCAGCAGCAGGAGCAGCAGCAGCAGCAGGAGCAGCAGCGAUCGGUUUCUCGAGCUACACACCGGCGCUGGCUCAUUCGAAACGAGUUCGUUCUAUCGGCCACUGCGGCCGGCACCGGUACGGUUUGUGAUUUUCGGUGUCGGAUUUGUUUGUUCUCCGCGCCCGCGCGCGCGUGCACACAUACACCGUACCGUCUCACUCUUUCAUUCGUGCAGGUGUGUCUCUGUGUGGAAGCGUACGUGUGCACGGGCGUGCGCGCUCGCGCACGGUACAGGAGAUUUCGAUCUCGGCCGUUCGCGUUUUGAAUACGCGCUUCCUCCACCUCGUUCGUCUCCUGCUCCAUCAGUUCAGCCCCUCGGGAACGGAGGCCAGGCCCGAAAAUUGCCGCACAUUGCCUUUGGGGCCUGCUUCGGUCCCGGUCGCGGUCCGGUUGCCACGGUGUCCGUGCCGGUUCUCGUGCAGUUGAGGUUUGCGCUCCGAGCACGUCGUCGUCGAGCUGCGCAAACGGUUGUGCACCGCACCCGCGUCCAAUCGCACUCACGCGCAGUCGCAGGACACGAAGUAGUACCAGCAGCCAGUUCUAGUGUGCGUGCGUGGCCAGGACACUAGCGGCCAGUCACUGUCACUCUGUCAACGACAAGCGAGCACACCACAGUGAACGAACUAGCGCACGCGGACGUGAAUACUGGGAACGAUCGCAGAUCAGGUGCAUCCUCCCCUCUCCCCCUUGGUGUUGUGAUCGGUACUUUGUCCAAGGCGCCUGCUCUGCCGAUGACAUUGACGAUGAUCGAUACUUUGUGGUGUUACUUGUAGUGCUGCGUGGCAAGUGCAACAGUGUUCAACGACGCGGGCGACGACGACGACGACGACGGUGGCGGCCAUGUGAUGGGGACCGGCUGGUGUCAGCAGCAGGUUGCGCGAUAUCUUUGGAGGGCGUCACAUCCGGUACUCCAGUAGUGUUAGUGUGCCUAGUGAUCGACGGAAAGCAGCAGAAACCCCCGACUGUAGAGUGUUUGGGACCGGGGAAAGGGGUUCGAUUCAUAUCUCUACCGGACGUCCGGUGUUUGUGAAGUUUCCGUAACAUUGAAAGCGACUAGUUUCUGGGGGAGACCCGGCGUCCCCAGCGUCACCGAGAGCGAGAACGAGCGAGAGAGAGAGAGAGAGAGUGAGAGACGAAGAUCGCGAGCUGUCAGUAUGCGGCUGGUACUGGUGGUGAUCUACCUGAUACUGAUCAUGCCAAUCACGGGCCUGUGGCGAGCCGAAGGAAGCAAUGUGCUGCUGGAACCGGAGCGCGUGUGCGAGAGCAAGCACCGGAAGUCGCGCCGGUUGUCCGGCCGGCUGGCGGACAUCUGCAAGAACGACACGUCGCUGAUGCGCGAGAUACACCGUGGCAUCAGCCUCGGCUUUCGGGAAUGUGAGUCCCAAUUCCGGCACAGCAUGUGGAACUGCUCCUGGACGAUCAAGCGCAGCAUGCGCCGCAUCCUGGCCAAAGAUACGCGCGAGACGGCUUUCGUGCACGCGAUCACGGCUGCCGGUAUUACGUACGCGGUAACGAAGGCCUGCACGAUGGGCGAUCUGCUCGAGUGCUCCUGUCAGAAGCAUUCGCGUGCGAAGGAGGACGGCCGGAGUCACGGUGGCACUGGUGGCCGUGGUCGUGGUGGCCAAGCAGCACGAAGAGGGCAGCAGGCCGGUGGUCCAGCUCCAACGAGCCGAACAAACGUUGCCGGCAUACUGAUCGCUCCGUACCAGCCCAAUCCAUCCUAUACUAUGGGCAGCAACCCGGACAGAGGAACCGGCCACCAGCGCCAGCAACCGCGCCGUGGAUCCAACAACGGCAGGCGCCGCAACCAGCGACAUCUAAAACCAAGUGGCCCACCACGAACUGCGGUCGGUCCCACUGGUGCAACAGGAGGUAGCAGACCGGAGUUACCGGCGACGUUGACGAUACUGACGAGUGGCCAGGAGGAAAAGUGGAAGUGGGGCGGCUGUGACGAUAACGUCAACUUUGGCGUGCGCAAAUCCAAGGACUUCCUGGACGCACGGUUGCGCAAAAAGAGUGACAUCAAGACGCUUGUUCGGCAGCACAACAGUAACGCUGGCCGACUGGCGGUGAAACAGUUCAUGCGACUGGAGUGCAAGUGUCACGGGCUGUCCGGAUCGUGCACGACCAAGACGUGCUGGAUGAAGUUGCCACCGUUCGCGGAGGUCGGUGCACGGCUGAAGGAACACUUUGACGGUGCGACCAAGGUGAUCGCACGGAACGACGGUCACAGUUUCAUGCCGGACGAGGUGGCAAUCAAACCGCCGACCAAGCGCGACCUGGUGUACACCGAGGAUUCGGAUGACUUCUGCGAACCGAACGGCCAGAGCGGUUCACUAGGGACGCACGGCCGUGUGUGCAACAUCAGCUCGAGCGGUAUCGACGGGUGCAGUCUGAUGUGCUGCAAACGGGGUCAGACGCACAGCCAGGUCGAGGUGCGACGUAACUGUAACUGUAGCUUCAAGUGGUGCUGCGAGGUGACCUGUAGUACCUGCAUCGACAUCCAGGAUGUCUAUACCUGCAAGUAAUAGGUCCUAGUGUAGCUGGUAGCGCGAAAGGACAGGGAAGAGUGCAGAGUCAGCUACUGCACCGCACCGCAACGGUCGCAGAGUCAAAGACUGAGAUUCUGACAGUUUGAGUGACAGUUACAGUUGAUUGUAGUUGUUAUGGCGACCACUCCACUCCGUGAUGUACUAGGCAGCCUAAUCGAUCCACUACUUGUGCCUGUUGUGCGCUUGUGUGAUGCGUGUAAGUGUGCACAUGGUGGUGGAUCCGAUGUUGUAAAUACGAGCUAUGAUCGUACGCUCCUUAAAAUGCUUUCUUUCAAUGUGAUCUGUGGUGGCGAACAAAACAAAACAAAAAAACACGCACGCACACGUAACGAAACCGUAAACCGAUUAUGAUAUUUAUUACUAAGUGCUAGAAGUAACGGCCAGCAGUGGCCAGUAACAGCAGCAGCAUCAGCACGGGUGGCUUGAAGUCAUGGCGGAUGCGCCUCGUGUCAGACAAACCCGCAAGCAGUUUGGCGUUGUAUGUAAUGGAGUAGUUGGAGAAACCUUAUGUUAGAAAUAAAGAAACACUAGCCCCAACAAAA